AUGUAUAAAGCAUCUUCAAGGGAUAAAUACAAGCCUAAUCCACCGAAAAGUAGCAUGGCUGUUUCAACGACUGACCAAUCUUUGGCUGCUCCUGAGAUAGAUCAGAUUAUUGUCGACAAAACACGUAGGCCACAUAAGAAAUAUCUACGAGGAAAGUUCCUUGGAAAGGGUGGAUUUGCAAAAUGCUACGAAUUAACUGAUAUGGACACGAACCAAAUUUAUGCCGGCAAAAUCGUUGCAAAGUCAUUGCUCCAAAAGCCGCAUCAAAAAGAAAAGAUGUCAAUGGAAAUCGAGAUACAUCGUUCACUCAACCAUCAAUUUGUCGUUGGUUUUCACAGCUUUUUUGAAGACAAGAAUUUCGUUUUUGUCAUUUUGGAACUUUGUAGAAGAAGAUCAUUAAUGGAAUUACACAAAAGACGUAAAGCCCUUACAGAGCCAGAAGCCAGAUACUACAUGAAGCAAGUCGUGGAAGGUUGUUGCUAUCUUCAUGGCAACAACAUCAUUCAUCGUGAUCUGAAACUUGGCAAUCUAUUCCUAAAUGAUGACAUGGAACUGAAGAUUGGAGACUUUGGUUUGGCUGCGAAAUACGAGGGUGAACGUAAAAAAACUCUUUGUGGAACACCAAAUUACAUUGCUCCUGAAGUUCUUAGCAAGAAGGGUCAUGGACAUGAAGUUGAUGUCUGGUCGUUAGGAUGUAUUUUAUAUACAUUGUUGGUUGGUAAACCUCCAUUUGAGACAUGCUCCCUCAAGGAAACAUAUCAGCGAAUUAAAAAGAAUGAGUAUUAUAUUCCAUCAAAAGUCUGUCAUGCAGCACAGAUGCUUAUCAUUAAGAUGUUGAGGCCCGAACCAAGUGCACGACCAAGGAUUAAUGAGAUUCUUGAAGAUCCAUUUUUCAAAGGCUACUGCCCACAGACACUGCCAAUCAGCUCACUGACAAUGGCUCCACGUUUCCCUGACAUGCCAUCCACUGUCUCUACAAAUUCUAUCUCUGGUAGAAGGCCAUUGGCAGAAUUCAAUGGCAGGCAAGGUGAUGGUAUCCUGCGAUCCAUUCCCGAAGGUAAAAAGGCAGACCCACUUAGCAAUGUUAGCCGGGCAGUCUGUGUCAAAGAUGGAAUUGGGCAUGAUGUUGCUGAAGAUCCAUGCAUGGAAGCUGAAAAUGAAGAGCCAGAUGACUACUACCUUGGUCAGUUGUUCAGCCACCUAAACAAAUGCUUGGAGUCCAAGCCAGCUGAUAGAGUAGUCAUUCAAAUGGAUGAAGCUGAAGACCCUGCCUCGACGCCUGUGUUCUGGAUCAGUAAAUGGGUAGACUAUUCUGAUAAAUAUGGUCUUGGAUAUCAGCUUAACAAUGGUAGUGUUGGCGUAUUGUUUAAUGACACCACAAGGAUGCUUAUGAAUGAGGAUGGAGAAACCUUGCACUACAUUGAUCGUAAUGGCUCCGAGCACUUCCACACUGUCAAAUCCCAUCCACCUGCUUUGGAGAAAAAGAAGACCCUGUUGGCUUAUUUUACUGAUUACAUGAAUGAAAAUCUGUUGAAGGCUGGUGCGAAUGUGACGCCGCCUAAAGGAAGUGAGUUAUCAAGGCUGCCAUUCCUUCGAACAUGGAUUCGAACUCGUUGUGCCAUUGUGCUGCAUCUAAGCUGUGGCAUCAUUCAGAUCAACUUCUUUCAAGACCACACCAAGAUAAUCGUUUGUCCAAUUAUGGGAGCAGUGACAUAUAUUGACGAGGAGAAGAAUUUCCGGACAUUCAAGUUGACUUCUAUUGAACAAUACGGGUGCUCAAAAGGACUGGCCAGUCGGCUCAAAUAUGCUCGUACCAUGGUUGAGAGAUUACAAAGCUCUAAACAUGGAAACCACAAAGCACGUUCCUAGAUUCCUAGUGUCCGUCCUUGCAGACAACGUGCUGUAACCCUGUGACACUGCCAUCCAAAAUAACUAAGAAAGCAAUUGAAGUAAAAGACCGUAAAGAAUAUAAGGUAUUUUCUUUACAUUUUUCCAAUUAGAUUGUGGACUGAUGUUCAUUUUCUGCUCUGUGGUAUCGAAACAUUUGAACCGUCUGAUUUGGCGAAAAAUUGGUACUGUGGCACAUCAAUUUUUGUAAAUAGUUGUCUUAAAUGGAUUACUUGUAUAACUUUAAUUUAAAUAUUUUGAUAUAUCCAUCAAA